CACGUGGAUCAGUCUGGUGUUAGAGCCUGAGCAUCAGAGAGGAGAGGAAACCAGGAGAAGAGGAGAGGGACGAGAGAAAGAGGAGAGGAUUGGGGGAGACGAGGAGGAGGACAGAGGAAAAGGGAGAGGAGCCAAGGUGUGAAAACAAAGGAAAUAACAGAGGUAGUGGAUGCCCGUUCUGUUUAACAGGACGUCAGACUGAAGCUGAAGUGGGCUGCUGUCUCGCUCUCCCUGAGUGAGUGGCAUCUUCACACAGCUGGGACCAGAGAGACUGUCUCCCCCUCUCUCUCUCUCUCACAGCACUCAGCAGCAAGGUUGGAUGUAUCACCCAGCAGAGCAGUAUUCUGGCCGUAACACCAGGGACUCCUACCCUGCUGGAGGACCUUCCAGAGGAACAUGGGCCCUCGUCAACAGUCGCCCCUGGGGCCCUCCAAAUAGAUUCAAUGGAGGAAUCAACCAAUCUCACCACCUAAACAAGAUUUAUUCAGACAGGGGGGGCAGGCCACCCUUCCAUGCCCAGGGCAGGGGCCCUCAGCAGGACCAGAGAUUAGCACCACGACCCUGGGACCAGAAGGACCAGGCUUAUGAGACCCAUGGCUGGCACCAGCCCUCCCCACGGUCAUUUCACAAUCAUGGUCGCAACCAAGGGGGCAACCAAGCAGGACCUGAAGAACCCUUCACCAGCUGGGACUCCUACAAAAACCAGCCUACCAGGUAUGGGGGUCCCCACCAGCACCAUCUGCCCAGAGACCCCCCCAGAGACCUGGGCUCCUCAGCAGAGAGGUGGGCACCUUCAGAUCGCUCCAGGGCCUUCCCGGGCAGGAUGAUGGACCAGGAACUAGGACCAUGGAAGCGCCCGGCCUCCCACCAUCACAACUACCACCGUGACCAACUUCCACACCGCUCCCCACCCUCACAGCAUCCCCCCCCUCCCAGGGAAGACUGCCCUGCCAAAAGGAGCAGGAGCUCUUGUCCUGAGCAGCCCUCUCACCGUGGAUCAAUGCAUCUACCCGGCCCAGACCAGCACCAAUCACCACCCCACUACCCCCCUUCCGAACAAGGCUUCUGGAAACAAUCAUAUGACAGACCUUGUCCUCGCACCCAUGCUGACAGGAGGAGCUUGUCUAUAGAGUUACAAGAAUCCACCAAGUCAGGAUUAGGGAGUCUCAAAUACAGAACACAUCAUUCUACCCAUUCUCCAGUUCCCCAGGACCUCUUCAAUGGUCAAGAACCCCCUCCUUCCUCCUAUGCCCACCACCCUCCUCCAGCCCAGCCCAGUGGUAACAGAAGACCCCCCCACCAUGGAUCCAGAGUGGAGGUGGAUGGCCAGUCCCAGCACCCCUCCUCACCAGCAAACCGCACCGGCGUGCCUUACAGCCAGCACCAGCAUCCCACAUCACCCCCCUCAGUACCUCAGCACAGCCCCCCAGCUCCACGCUCCCACAGACAGCAAAGGGAUCAGACCCCCUCCCAGCCCUCUGCUACAGAGCCUCCACACCGCAACAGCAACCACAGAGAUGGAUGCUGCACCACCCUGAGCUCCUCCAGCCCCUCUGGCCUCUCCAGCUCCACCACUCCUAGUAAAACUAGUGGGAAGAAAGAUCCUCCUCCCAAUCAUAGGAGCCCUGACAUUGGCACUGACACACCCCACAAACGGGGACCAAGGACACCCUCGCCCAGUCCCACACCUCCCCCUCUCUCUGCCUCCCCCACAUGGCUAGGCUCAGGCGUUCAGAGGUUAGAGAUGAAGCCUAGCAGGGCCUCAGAGCCUCAGACCCCACCCAGCUCUCCUACUGUCAACAACAACAGACCUCCUGGCAACAGGCCAGAGCUGCAGCCUCACAGACACAAACAGACAGAGAGGAAACGUAAGGAAAGGAGAGCAGAAAGAGGUGAGGAGGGAAAGAAGGAACAGAAGAGGAAGAUGGAGAGGAAGAUGGAGGAGAGGACAAGGAGAAAGGAAAAAGAAGAGAAAAGUGGGGAUGGGGUGAAGAAUAAAACCCAUGAAGGUGAAGAAGGGAGGGACAAAGUGGAAAGGAAAAAGAAAGAGGAAGAGAGGAAGACAGAGAAAAGGGAGAAGAGCCUUAGGGAUAAAAAGAUGGAAAAAGCAGAGCGGGGAUCCUCAAAGUCCCUAUGUAAAUCAUCCCUCCCUCCGUCAAUAUGUCCUUCCUCCCCUAAGUCUGGAUCUAAGGUUCCAGGGAUGCCAGGUAAGCCAGGCCAACCCUCCCAUACACCAUCCACCCCUGGCAAACACAUACACAGGGAGAAGGCCCAAGAAAGAGGUGGAAAGUCCCAUGAGCACAGCUCUCCAAAUAGCUCAGAGACAAUCCCACUUGUUGGCCCGCCUGCAGCCCGUCCCAGUCAACCCACACCCUCCCCACAUCCAUCCAAACACAAAAAGUCAGAGAGGGGAGGGACUCUGAACAAGUCAAACCCAACUCAACCCAAAUUCCCAGUCAAGGACUCACCACUACCAGCCUGUCCUCCACUCACUACCACUCACACUACCACCAACAACAACAACAUCAGCACCAACACGACCAAUAAGACCAGUAAUACCAGUCCUCAGCCCACCAGCCCUUCAACAUAUUCUAAAUGCAGCCCAGGGAGGAAGGCUGAUUUGACACCCUCCACACUCUCAUCCAAAAUCCCAGCAGCUCCCCCUAUGGCUGGGUCAGGGGGAUCCAUCCAGAUCCAGACAGAGACAUGGGGUGUUAGUCCAGAAGGCGGGGUCCUGCGGGCCCCAGAUCUCCAACCUGCGGCGGGAGUGGGCAGUGUAGAGGAGAUGGGAGACAACCCCCCUGCCAGCCCCCCUGUUCUCAGUUGGCAAGGCUCCCCAGCAUCAGCCCUGAGUGAGGAAGAGGAAGAGGAGGGAGGAGUGAUGAGGAGACCUGUCCUGCAGCCCAGCCCAACCCACGGCCCGCCCCUCUCACCCCCCCAUGGGAACUCAGAGGGGCUCAAUGAGAAGGCCGAGGGUGUCGGUGAGGGAAGGGGUGCUGAUGACCUUCGCCAUAGCGACCUGGCCAAGCUCUAUGGCUUGCCUGAUACUCCCAAUGGAGUGGAGGAAGAGGAGGACGAGGACGAGGAGGACAGUGGUGGGGACACAUCGCUCAGCUCUCUGCCUCCCCGUCGGCCACACCUUCACCAGACAGGAGUGGCUGAUGUCUUCAAGUCUUUGGCCUCAUUCCUGGGGGGCCAGAGGUACACAUAUCGCGGCGGUCCGUUUGGGCGUCCUCCUCCUAGCUCCAUGGGAGGAGUGAAGUACUCUUCAUCCCUCGCCAUGGAUCCCGAAACCAAUUGUCAGGACCAGCAGAACCCCUCCCCCACAUCCAACUCCACCACGCCCCCAAGACUCACUAGCGAAUCAUCCACUCACACUACCUCAGAUCCGCUUUCCAAACCCCGGCCUCCUUUAAACCUCGACCAACCACAGCUCUCCGUGGGGGAGCGCACAAAACAGAAGCAUGCGAGAUUGGAGGAGAUACUGAAUGAGAGAAAGAAAGAGAAGACUAAGGGUGUAGACAGUGGGGAGACGGCCGGGUCUCUGAGCGCUGAGUUUAGACUGACCACCACACACCGGCUGCCUGCCACCACCAAGGAGGAGCGGGGACAGAGGGAGGCACGCAGGCAGACAGACAGAAAGAGGGAGCCAAGCGGUGCGGAUGGAAACAGAGAUGGGGAAGGGAAGAGGAAGAGAAGAAAACAAGAUAACAGCGUCAGCAGUCAUCAGAGGAGUGGAGGAAAUGAAAAGAAGAACGUGGAAGAAAAGUGUGACAGAAAGUCAGCCUCUAUAACGCUGUCCUCAUCUACACCUCACCUCAGUCGCCUAGCCAAGCAGCACAAAGACACUAAGAAGAGCCGUCCCAUUCAGGCAAACCUUGGCCUCCAGAGCAAAGACAUCCAGGGACAGAAAGACAAGACGCACACAGGAAACACUGAGCAGGGGGCACAAUCAACAGAGAUGAAGAAUGAGAGGCGCAGUGAGCCUCAAACCAAGACGUCCACACCAGGCAGCAACCCAGACAUAUUGGCAACAGCAUCCACCACCAGCUUUAUCAACACCUCCUCCCCUUCCCCCACCCCGGCUGCCUCUGCUGCCCCAGUGAGGAGGACCCCCUGUCCCCUGGCUGCUGCUGAUUUCCUCAAGCUGAAGGCUCUGUCCAUGGGCUCUCCCAAGGAGCUGAAGAUCCGUCUGAUCAAGGUGGAGAGUGGAAACCGAGAGACGUUCAUCGCCUCCGAGGUCGAGGAGCGCAGGAUCCCACUAAAAGAGGUCAGCAUCAGACACACAGCCAGCGAGGUCGUCAGGUCCUGCAAGGGGGCGAAGGUGAACGGGAAGUUUCGGGAGUCCUAUCUGCUCCCUGCUUUCUCUGUCAAGCCUGUCCUUAGCACCAACACACCCAUCCCACGAGAGAAGCUCAACCCCCCCACACCAAGCAUCUAUUUGGAGAGUAAGAGAGAUGCCUUCUCCCCAGUCCUCCUCCAAUUCUGUACCGACCCCAAGAACCCUGUCACUGUCAUCAGAGGCCUGGCUGGAUCACUACGACUCAACCUGGGUCUGUUCUCCACUAAGUCUCUGGUGGAGGCCAAUGCAGAGCAUGCUGUGGAGGUGAGGACCCAGGUACAGCAGCCUGCUGAUGAGAACUGGGACGCUACUGGUUCAGCUCAGACCUGGCCCUGCGAGAGCAGCCGCUCACACACCACCAUCGCCAAGUACGCUGCGUACCAGGCCUCCAGCUUCCAGGAAAGCCUCCAGGAGGAGAAGGACAGUGAGGAUGAGGAUGAAGAGAAGAAGACUCUGUCUUCUGACCCAUCAACCAACACUGCAUCUGGCACCAGCAAAACCAGCCCUACUGUGGUUACUAGCAAAGCAACUCCUAGCAAAGUUGGCCCUACCCCUAUUGCUAACACACUCAGGCCGGAGGCGAAAUCAACUGGGAAAAUUAUCAAAUUCGGAACCAAUAUCGACAUCUCUGAUCCUAAGAGGUGGAAGCCCCAGCUGCAGGAGCUGCUGAAGCUACCAGCCUUCAUGCGUGUGGAGUACAAUGGAAACAUGCUGAGCCACGUGGGACACACCAUCCUGGGCAUGAACACCGUCCAGCUCUACAUGAAGGUCCCCGGCAGCCGUACACCUGGCCACCAGGAGAAUAAUAACUUCUGCUCUGUGAACAUUAACAUUGGGCCGGGAGAUUGUGAGUGGUUUGCAGUCCAUGAACACUACUGGGAGCACAUCAACAAUUUCUGUGAGAAGUAUGGAGUAGAUUACCUGACUGGGUCCUGGUGGCCUGUUCUGGAGGACCUGUACUGCUCCAACAUCCCAGUGUACCGCUUCAUCCAGAGACCAGGGGACCUGGUGUGGAUCAACGCAGGGUCCGUCCACUGGGUGCAGGCUGUGGGCUGGUGCAACAACAUCGCCUGGAACGUGGGACCUCUCAACUCAUACCAGUAUCAACUGGCUCUGGAGCGUUUUGAGUGGAAUGAGGUCAAGAAGGUCAAGUCCAUCGUUCCGAUGAUCCAUGUCACCUGGAAUGUAGCCCGCACUAUCAAGAUCACCGACCAAGAAACCUACAAGAUGGUCAAACAUUGUCUCCUACAGUCCAUUAAGCACAUUCAGAUUCUGAGAGACCAGCUGGUUGCUGCAGGGAAGAAGAUCUCUUAUCAGAGCCGUGUGAAGGACGAACCAGCCUACUACUGCAACGAGUGUGACGUGGAGGUGUUUGACCUGCUGUUUGUAACUAGUGAGUCUGGCAGCAGGAAGACCUACAUGGUGCACUGUGAGGACUGUGCCCGGACCGUGUCCAAGAGCCCCUCGCUGGCAGGAGUAGUGGUGCUGGAGCAGUACUGCAUGGAGGAGCUGAUGAGAACCUAUGACAGCAUCUGUGUGACUCCAUCACCCUGCUCCAAGUGAAGCAUCCUCCCUGUUGUCUGGCAGCCAUAACCAAAGCUCCUACUUAGUGGCAGAACAGACGUUGUCUUCAAGGAAUACUACUACUGCUAACACUUGGUGAACAGCCAACCAUGUUUACUCAGUAUUGUUUACAUCACAAUAAGAUAUCGGCCAUCAGCCAUCAGCCAAUUGAAUUCCAGCUCACUGUUGUCUUCCCCUCCUACCAGCUGCUGAUUGGACUUGAGUCUUGAGAUAGAAUGACUAGACUGGUACUACUAUUUGUUAAUUAAACAUGUCGGACAACUACAGAAAAUGUGAACAUUGUUAGCACUGGAAAUCAGGUCUUAAUUAAAACGGACACUGCUGUGAUUCAAAAGCGUCAAGUAGCCGGUAUAUGGUGCAUUAAUUCAGGUACUUUUAUGCAAAUCCAAUGGAACUUUUUUACACCAAUCUAGUUAUUCUAUGUCCAUGAAUUUACCGUAUUGCUAUGGUAACAGCAGGGGAAUUGCUUCACAAGCAAAGUAGCUGAUAGUCUCAUUGAAAUCCCAUUGUUUUGGUUUGGUUUUCUAUUCAGGUGAACUCUGACAUUUGUCAUUCCUGUCUGUAUACUCCUUGGGGUGCUAUUUCCAUUGUAUUUAUUCUGACCUAGAUAUUUCAAAAGUUUUACCAGCCUAAAGGUACACCACAUUGGCCUUGUGAACUGUAUUUAGAUGAAAGGAAAUUAGAAAAUCAAACAUGCAGGCACAACUUUCUAAAGCAUUAGGAAUAUUAAUUUAAGAAAUUGUCAAAAUUUCUCUGAAAUACGGGUUAACUAGAACUAGAGGACGAAUCUGGUUUCACUCUUGGUUGGAAAUCUGGUGUGUUUUAAUGUGAUUUUAGUUUUUUGCAUAAUAAUCCUAAAUAAUGUUUGGUAGAGAGAGAUGUGAUUGCUACAAUUCGCCCUACAGAAGAUCCCUUUUAUCUUUUUCUUUUUCUAAUGGGAUCAUUCUCCCAGUUUUUUUACCUCUUUUUUUGGUUGCUAUCUCCUUUUCUGGGUUACAGAGAAAAUGAAGAAUUGUAAAUUGUGACUUUAUUUAUACUUGUAUAUGUUUGUUUUCUUAAAUGUAUUUAUUGCAUAUUGAUGGUGCUUCUCUGGGGACACCAGAUAUUUUUAAGGUUUCCUAUUGUGGGUGGACGGGGAAGAGCAAACAGGGGGAGGUUGGAUUUUCAUGGUGCUCAACCCCCUCUUGCCUCGUCACCUCCUCAUUAACUGUGUAUAAAUGAUCUAUGAAUAGAAGUCAAUGAAUAUAACUUCAACCGACAGGAUGGUGCUUAGAACCGCGUCAUUACAAAAUUACCGGAAAACUAAUAGAAUGAUGUCUUUGUACUGUAUCUAACUGAUAAACACAAUACCUUUUUCAACUUUUUUGCAUUGUACGAAAUUCAUAAAAUUGUGAAGCAUUUGUGAUUGGCAGUAGUUGUAGUUUUAGCCACAUUUAAAUGAGACUGAUGUGUAGUGAGGUUUGGGUUCCUUCAGUGUUCUGUCCUCAUGAGUAUAAUUUCAAGGUUGUCGUCUUGCUCCUCAUCCACUGACUGUUUUUAUUUGAAGCUGUGCUGUUUUAAAACAUAAUACAAAAAUAUCUUACAUAGACCAGACCUUUCUUAAACACUCUGUGAUUUUUCUGUGACAUUAUUGUGAGUAUUAUUGAUACAAUAAAAAUGUUUUGAGAAAUGUU